GACAAUGUGAUGGCUUGCGAAUGACUCGUACUCCCAACAUCAGUUUUCCGUUUAAUUUGACUUAGGAGAUGAACGUUGUUCCUCGAUACCGGGAGAAACGCAUUAUUUUUUGAAGACAUUACGAAGGAUCUAACAGAUAUUUUGUGUGGAACCACUAUUACGGUCCUGCGGACGUCAGUUUAACUGAAGAGAGACCAACCCCUGGUUUUAUCAUGAUGAUUUUCCGAAUCAUUGGAAAGAGGUAUUCUCAGUUCUUGGUCACAUACCCGUCCGUGGUCAUGUUACUCGUUUUACUGGUGGUCAUCAUCUCGGCCGGCCUUGGUGUCCUUCUCAAUGAAUUAUCUUCCUUCGAUAACCCAACCAAGGGAUUCGAAGCCCGAGGAACAGUCAUCAGUGGGCGAUUGAAAGCUUUGAGGAGAAUGGAGUAUGGUGCUGAUGGGGUCUACCCAUGCCCAUCAUCAUCUAACAAAUCAGAUGGCGACAUGUGUUCUCAUCGUGUAACCAGAGACAUCCAAAACCAAACUCUAGAUGAUGAUGUACUAGGUAGCUGCACCCUAGAUUGUAAGAAUAAAAUAUUUGCUAUUUGACCAAAACCUUCUUAUGCCACGAGACUAGAUAUUUCUCCCCACAGUGAAUAAUUUACAUGAAAUGACAUGAUUUUUACAAUUAUGUCCUUCCACCUCUAGAAACCAAGUAUAGGAAACCGAAACAUUGAAACAAUUCAAAUUCACAAAAAUGGAGAAGAAA